AUGAACCUUUUCAAUGGUGUUGCAUUUAUCAACGCCAUUGAGAAGUACCAGAAUGCAGCUAUGUUCUUGAAGAUGAAGCAGAUGUUUGACCCACUAGGCCUAUUUUCAAGCAAAUGGACAGACGCAGUAUUGGGUUUAGGAGGCAACCUUACCAUAGAUACAGAAGGUUGUGCAUUGGAGGGGUUGUGCAUCUGUUCGAAAGAUGUGCAUUGUUUCCCUACCAAAGACAUUGUAUCAUGGAAAAGAGAGGAACUUGUCGAUAUACCACCACGAAUCAUGCAUGAUAGGAGGUAUUUUCCAUAUUUUCAACAUUGUAUUGGAGCUAUAGACGGUACUCAUUUACGUGUUCAUGUUGGUGGCGAUAAAAAGAUCACGUACUGGAAUCAUCAUAACUACACAUCAAUGAACAUUUUGGCAGUGUGUGAAUUCAAUAUGAGAUUUAUAUACACACGUAUUGGAGUCCCGGGACGUGCACACGACUCCAAGAUAUUGACAUAUUGUGCACGUCAUGAUAAUUUUUUCCCAUUCCCAAGCUCGGAGAAGUAUUUUCUAGUGGAUUCUGGCUAUCCUAAUCGAAGGGGGUUUUUAGCUCCUUAUCGAGGUGAAUCGUACCAUCCAAAUCAUUUUUCUGGGCGUAGACCAGGCACUGUACGCAAGACAUUUAACAAGAGACAUUCUUUGCUUCGAUCAGUGAUUGAAAGAACAUUUGGAGUGUGGAAGGGAAAAUGGUCUAUUUUAGAAGGUCGUGUUCGUUAUGAUGUGCAAAUGCAGGAGAAGAUUGUUGCUGCAACUAUGGCAUUGCAUAAUUUUAUUCGAGAUUCUAAUAUAGAGGACGACGACUUCAAUGCUGCAGAAGAAACGGAGAACUAUGAUGCUGAUCGGGAAGGAAACAUGUCUCCAUCUCAUGAUGAUAAUGUAGUCGAUCGAAAUUAUGAUCCAACGGCUGAUCAAUAUAUGUCAACAGUGAGAGACGACAUAGCACGAGAGAUAUGGGAUGCUCGUUAA